AUGGCCUCGAAACCCAAGCGAGUUGCUACUGCAGCAGCAAGAAAGGCGGCUGCACGCAUGCGUGCAACCGGAGAGAGUACUUCUCACGCCUCAGCAGCAGGUGAUUCAUCGCCUGCUGUUGUGAACAGUCCACGUGGUGAGUCACCGCGUGCGACAGGUACAUCCGCUGCGUAUGCAGCGGAUACUGCGAAUCGUAAUCUAGAUGAGUCUGAAAUAGAACUCAUCUAUUCCGGCGAGUCGGAUGAUGUAUCCGACUCGAAGGCGACACCUCUCGCCUCCGGAUCACCUGGGGCGGACACUGCAAGAGCGAGGUUGACUGGCUCUGAUCAACGUGGCGGCAUCAUGCUCGAGAUCUUCAGACCGAGUGAUUGUUCCGACGAAUACUCGCCUCACGAUAGUCCAUCCAACGAUAGGACGCGUGGAGAUGGUGGUGAUAUCUCUAAGCAUCACCACGAGCAAAGUAACUCGAGGGAUAGAGCUGCCACUGGUGUUAGUGCUCAUGCUGACACCAAUCAAGAGGCCAGGGACCGAAAUGUCCCGCUCCACGCUCCUCAAGUGUAG